AUCCACCCCUCUCCACUCUCAGCUCUCUCCUUCCUCCUGAGCAGAUUUUUUCAGGGCAGUGCAGAUACCCCCCAACCCCCCUUCCUCCUUCCUCUCAGACAGCUUUGCUCCACCAGUUCCACGCUGUGCCGGCCUGGAGAGGACUAAGGGAGCGGAAAGAGGAGCCAGAAGAGAGGAUUUGGUGAACCGAGGAGAGACAGACAGGGGAGAGGGACCAUGGCUGCUCUCUCUGCCUCGCUGAAGACCUGGGCAAUAAUGCAGACCCUGUGCCUGGCUCUGGCCCAAGUGAGGGGUCCACCUGGACCUCAGGGCCAGCCCGGCCCACCAGGCCCUUCUGGCACCCCUGGGUCUGACGGCAUUGAUGGAGAUAAAGGACCUCCCGGGCCCCCUGGUCCACCAGGACAGAAGGGAGAGCCGGGAGAGCCAGGUCCUGAUGGAACACCAGGAGAGAAUGGCAUUGAUGGUUUGAUUGGAGCAAAGGGGGAUCGAGGUCCUAUUGGGAGCCCUGGCCCCAAGGGUCAACCUGGACCAAGUGGCGAACCUGGACCUCCUGGACCCGGUCUUCCAGGACUGGCUGGCGCUCCAGGGCCAAUUGGUCUUCCAGGUGAAAUUGGACCAAAUGGACCAAAGGGUAUUUUGGGAUCACCUGGACCUCCAGGACUUCCCGGACCUCCUGGCAAGCCAGGUCCUCCGGGUAAGUUCAUUGGCGGAGAAGAGGGCAGUGCAGACUUCCAGUGUCCUCUUAACUGUCCAGCAGGACCUAAAGGCCCCCAGGGACUGCAGGGCGUCAAGGGACACAAAGGACGUGCUGGUACUCUCGGAGAGUCGGGUAGCAUAGGAAAAAUGGGUCCCAAGGGAGACGUGGGCAUCUCAGGGGAACAGGGCAUCCCAGGACCUCCGGGUCCGAUGGGUCUGAGGGGUUAUCCAGGAAUGAUGGGUCCUAAAGGCGAAGCAGGGCCUCGUGGUUACAAGGGCAUCAACGGACCUGUAGGAAUUCCUGGGCCUCCUGGUGAGGAGGGCCCUCAGGGACCGCCUGGAGAGGCAGGAGACAAGGGAGACAAAGGCAGCCGAGGUAUCCAGGGCCCACAGGGUGCGGUUGGCAAGAAGGGAGAGAAUGGUCUGCCGGGUAUUGAUGGAAAAGAUGGCACACCUGGUAUUCCUGGAAUCAAAGGCGGCCCUGGCCAGGCUGGGAUGCCUGGUCCUCCUGGUCCUCAGGGAACAGCGGGGUUGCCUGGCAGUCCUGGGACAAAGGGAGGGCCUGGAGCUAAGGGCGAACCUGGACCUAGGGGUCAUAUUGGCAUGCCUGGUGCCCCCGGACCUCUGGGUGAGCCUGGCCUUCCUGGUGAGCCUGGUAUGGAAGGAGUUCCCGGACCCAAGGGUGACAGAGGCCAGAGGGGAGAAGUUGGGCCACAGGGAAUAGUUGGCAAGCCUGGAAACAAAGGAGAGAGAGGACCAAUUGGUGUUCCAGGUGCCCAGGGUCUUAGUGGAACCAAGGGAGACAAGGGCUUCCAAGGAAAAGUUGGAUCGAAGGGAGACAUUGGUGACCCCGGCGUUGAGGGAUUGGCUGGCGAGAAAGGUGAAAAGGGUUUGUCUGGUGAACCGGGGCCCAAAGGACAGCAAGGAAUCAGGGGCGACCCUGGCCACAAUGGACCCACUGGAGACCCUGGUAAACCUGGAGACCUGGGACCACCAGGACUGCCCGGACCAAGGGGACUCAAUGGAGAGCGAGGAGUACCCGGCAUGCCAGGCAUUCAGGGGUCACCAGGACGUGAUGCAUCUGACCAGCAUAUUAUUGAAGUGGUGUUGAAGAUGUUGCAGGAGAGGCUAGCAGCAGUGGCGGUGAGCGCCAAGAGGGCUGUGCUUGGUGGAGCAGGUGUAAUGGGACCUCCCGGGCCUCCUGGACCUCCAGGGCCGCCUGGCCCUCAGGGCCCACAUGGCUUACCUGGCGCCCGUGGCAUUCCUGGCAUGUUUGGAGUACCUGGACAGAUUGGAAACACUGGACUUAAAGGAAAGAGAGGGCCAAAGGGAGAAAGAGGAGAUCCUGGUAAACCCCAUCCAGGACCACCAGGACCCCCAGGAAUACAAGGUCCUGCUGGUGUUGAUGGUGUGGCUCGGGACGGCAGGCCUGGUGAGAGAGGACCUCAGGGAUCACCUGGAGAGGCCGGUUACCCUGGUAAGGCGGGUCCGACAGGUCUCCCGGGCUUUUGCGAGGCGGCGAUGUGUCUGGCUGCGUCAGCAUACACCUCCCCGAGACUACAAGAGGCGGGAACAAUCAAAGGACCCAAUGUUUAGAGUCCUGUCUCUCCAUCAGCAGCUCACAACACCUGGGGGAGAGAGAGAGAGAGAGAGAGAGAGAGAGAAAGAGAGAAAGAGAGAAAGAGAGAGAGAAAGAGAGAAGGAGAGAGACCACUCUUCUCAGCGGGACAACAUCGAGAUCGAGGGGUGGGGGGACAAUAAUAGUGACUGGGUUAUAGCACCCCCUCCUGAAACUGACAACCUGAAGUUUUGACUGGUGGGACAUACUCUGAUCUUAAUCGCCCACGUCACCAUGACAACAGCAGCUCACAGCACCCACAUCCUGCUCAAUUCUCUAGUGUUUUUGGAUGAUGUCAGUGUCAGUCCCAUCCAAAUAUCCCAUCCCUGUUCCAGCAGUGAAAGAGGAACAGAAUCAUAUUCCAUCUCCUUGUCUCCCGCCACCACCACCACAGUUAUCUACUAGCUGAGAGGAGCUGAAAACUAGGCAUGGCGAAAAGGUGCUUUUCUUUUACAAAGUGGUCACUUUAAAAGGUUUUACAUAUGCAAUAUUUUGUUUGAGAUGUGUUUGAAGUUUAAAUGCCCUGCCUCUCUUGCAACGUCACACCUGAUGCCUUAAAAGUGUACAAAAAAACGACUAAUAAAUGAUUGCAGCCUAAAUUUACAGUACUCAGUAACUGUAUUGUAUUGCAAAAUGUACUAUUUUCAUCUGUAGGCUUAGGUGAAAUCCCUGAUUUACCUCAUGUGUACAUUGCCCCCCACAACCCUCCCCUCCCCUUCCCACUUUCUACCCAAGUCUCAUUUUAGAAACUAACGACUAGCUUUAUCUCCCCCUCUUGUUGCCUGGCAACAGCAUGUCCCGAUGGGCACUCCCAUCUCCCACAAUGCAGUGCUGUAAAUCUUUGUAAAUGUGUGUUGAUUAUUAUGUAGAGAAAAAGGAAUGGGUUACAAUAUGCACCAACAAAAAUCCUGUGUUAAUGAAUUCAGUGAGUAAUAAAAAGUUCCUACAGAUAUAACGACUUUUUCUCAAAACGAAUCAGCUGGAAUGUGCUUCCUAUGCCACUGUCAACUUUCCCAGGGUGUCAACGAUUGAAUGACUGAUUUAUUUUCAUCAACAGAAGCUAUUUAUUGUUCUUUAUAUAAUCAUCUGUAAAGAGGGUUUUUUUUCCUGGCUGUUCAGGUCAACCCGAACCAAUAAAGAGGAACCUUUUUAUAAAAUCUAAUGCUCUUCUCUAUCAUGUGGGGAGUGGAAACAAGUUUCUUUAGUUUGCCUCACCUCUUUCAGCUCCUUUUCUUUUCAAUUCUUCCAACCUUUAAAGGUAUAAAUUCAUACAUGUAAAUAAACUCUUGUGCUUCCA